CGUGUCGCCCGUCAGUCCCAACCGGAUAGGCAGCCCGGUGGUGUGUGACAGACUCCACCAAGCGGACUCAGUAGUCUCUCAGCCAGAGACCAGGAAGGAGGCGAGUCUGCAUUCCCAAGUUUUAUGUGCGGCUCGACAUGCCACCUCGAAUGGAUUACUUUUACCACGAAUCCCGAGUCCCUUCCGAUUGCGGGCUGACCCGGGAAGACGAGCUGGAGCCCGGGCUCAUCAGCUGUAUGCUGGUCGGGGACGGAGCCGUCGGGAAGACCAGCAUGAUUGUCAGCUACACCUCCAAUGGAUACCCCACAGAAUACCAACAGACUGGCUUUGAUGUCUUCUCUGGUCAGGUCCAAGUAGAAGGAUCUCCAGUUAAAGUUCAGCUUCUGGACACUGCUGGACAGGAAGAGUUUGAUGGAUUCAGAGCUCUGUCCUAUGCCCACACGGACGUCUUCCUCCUGUGCUUCAGCAUGGUCAACCCCACCUCGUUUCACAACAUCACCAAGAAGUGGGUUCCGGAGAUCCGGGCUCAUAAUCCGUCCUCGCCCAUCAUUCUUGUUGGCACUCAGUCGGACCUGUUGCUGGACGUGAACGUUCUCAUCAACCUGGACAGAUCUAAUGUCAAACCUAUUCUGAACUCCCGGGCCCGGAGCAUGGCGGAGAAGAUCAGGGCUACAGACUAUGUCGAGUGUUCGUCACUCACGCAAAAGAACUUGAAGGAGGCGUUUGAUGCGGCCAUCUUUGCUGCCAUUAAAAACAAAACCCGCAAGACAAAGAAGAGGAGAUUUUCUGACAGACGCACUAAAGCUUUCUCAAGGUGCAGCUGGAAGAAGUUCUUCUGCUUCAUCUGAACUCAUAAACAGACUGCUAACCCUGUGGGUUGUGGACUAAACUUUAAUUUAUUUUAAUCCUUUGCUUUUGUUGUCCCAGUUCUGAUCUGUGGCAGUUAUGCAUUUCUUCCCUGUUAAGUAUUUGGCUCUUUUUACUCAGGGAUGCCAAAUGGUGCACGGGGAAACAAAACAUCACAGUGAGCAUUGGAAACUAACCCCUGUGGAGGCAGCAGAGAGGAUUAUGGGUCUUGUUUCACACUCCAGCAGACGGAGAUGUUGUUUACAUUUAAUUCAAAUGUUUGACUGUUACAGGGCGAUAG